AGGAGAAGCGAAAGGCAAAAUUAGUAAACGAACACGGGCAAGUGCUGACACGUGUGGUGAGUAUCGACGGUGAACAGGAACAACUGACUAAAGAACAGCUUAUGAAAAAGGAGGCGUCCCUGCCACAAGGCUUCACUCUUAGGAAAGUAUCCACAGACCCGCUCGUAUUCCGAGUCGUUCCGAAAACCGACAAAUCCGCAGGUGGGAACCAGCCAGGCGCUGCUAAGAAGCUUGCACCACCACCACCACCUACCAAAAAGCGCAGAAAACCGGAGAAGGGCGUCAACGAACGCGGCAAGAAAGACGGCGAGAUCAAGUGCUCCGUUAAGAUAUCCGAGCACGAUCUGUUUGUGAAGGUGAAGAAUGCGCUGCGCAUGGUGAAGAAAGGGAGUGAUGUGAAGUUUUCGGUGGAGUUGACGGCCCAGGAGAAGGGAGGCCUGGAGAGCCAAGAAGCUCGCACAGGAGUGCUGGAGAGUGUUAUAGAGGGCGUCGAGGGUCUGGCGGAGGCCUCUGCGAUGACACACGAGGGCCGGCGGAGCUAUGUGAUGCUGACUCAGGUGUAAAGACGGGCCGGGUAGACUCUGAGCGUUUGUAGUCGGGGUGUGUGUGGUAAUUUAGUUAUAUUCUGCAUUUCAGAUUAUUCAGUAGAUUUAGCUUGUAGUUUUAAAGAACAAGUAGUAUAUUAGGUUUAUCAUGUAUGCUUACGGAUAAUAAAUAUACCGGCACACGCCGAUAAUUCAC